CUGAGUGUGAGACACAGGAGAGGGCAUUGCGGGAGGGGCAGCCCUGGCUGUCACCUGGCUGAGCUGGAGCAGGGGAGCAGAGUCAUCAGACAGGUGUCAAGAUGGAAGAGACUCAGAUAUAUAACCAGCGGCUGCAUGGAAUCACAGAAAAGCGCGGGAUCCUCAUUCAGGUGGAAAAUAUACAGCGGGAACUGGAACAACAGAGACUUAAACUGCUGCAACUUAAGAGGAAAUCCCUUCGAGAUCGAUGGCUGAUGGAAGGACUGGGAUCAGCCCAAGAGGCAGAAAAUGAGAGUCCGCUGACCCAGACAGAGGGUAAAAUACAUCAACUGGAGCAGGAACUAGAGGGCCUCCAGUCUCGCUUGUUCCAUUUGGAAAACCCUGGAAUAAAAGACAUCAAAACGGAAAGCACUAAGGUUACUCCUACUCCAGAAACACAUCUUGUGAAUGGCGAUCAAGACCAGAAUAUUUCAAAAUCUACUGAAGACCACAAAGAUGACAGUUCCCUAUUGAACGUCCACAUUGAGAAUAAAAGUGCCUCAGGACGCCCCAUUCCUGCUCUGAGAGCAAACAGAGCUCCAGAAAAAACCCAAAAUCAUGAUGUACAUAAUGAUGACAAGCAGUCUGAAAUAUAUGAAAAACAGAAUGUGAAAAUUCUAGACCAAAAUCAAGAAGAUCCGGUUGAGGGCCAGAAACAUCAUAACUUUGGACAAAUGGACAAAAACGUUGGAUUUCAAGAGCAGGCCAUUGACAAUCAGAAAGAGAGACUUCCAGACAAAAACCAAGAACUUCAAAAUCAGAGUGAAAAACACUUUAAUCCAGGAGACAUCAUACACUCAGCGUUGUCCAACACUGAAGAGGUGGAUGAAAUGCACAAUCCAUCGCCCAAAUUAUUAGCACAAAGCCAAGAAUCUGGAAUAAUGAGUGGAGACCAGACACUGGAUCAUAAACCCAUUGCAGUGCCUUCAGAAAUUAGUGAUGUGGAUAUAGUAACAACCGAAUACAAGUCCCAGGACCAAAAUGACAAAUCAGCAUCAACUAUCAGCGACCAUGUUGAAGAAUCAGUUCCAUCAGAUAACAAUCAGGAGAUUGACCAAAACCAGGAGUUUAUGUCUGUGAACCUAGACCAAAAGCACGAUGACACAACAAAGACCAAAGACCAAAAUGCAGAUCUUCAUGCAUUUAUCCAAGACCAAAACCUGGUUAUUCAGUCACCAAAUGAAAACCAAAACCAAGAACUCAAAUCAUCCUCACAAGAUCAUUACCUAGAUCCAGUAUCAGAGACGCAAGACCGAAACCAAGAGUGCGCUUCAUCUACCAAAGACCAAAAUUUGAAUCCUGCUCUAACGACCCAGGACCAAGACUACAAAUUACUGACCCAAGACCAAAGCCAAGAACCAGCUUCAAUUACCCCAACCUUAGUUCUAACCAAUGACCAAAACAUUGAGCACAUUCCAGUGACCCAAGACCAAAACCAAGAACUUAUAUUAACAGCACAAGACCAAAAUCAGGGACAGAUAACAGAACUGUUAUCUCAUGAUCAUGCCCAAAUUCAGGAUUUAACACUGCCAGACCAAGAUCAAAGCCAGAAAAUAUCACCACCUUGUGAAGACCAAAAUGAGGAAUAUUUUCCAUUUUCUGAAGAUCAGAAACCAAGCACUGUACUCCAGUCUAAAAACCUAGUUCAUGAGACACAAGCUCAUAUUUCCCAUGACGUUGUUGUAGUUGCGUACAAUACCUCUGAUUCAGGCCCGGGCCAGUAUAUCUCGAAUAGUCAGCAGGUUUCCAGUGCUGCAAUAUAUCCUCUUGAAGUUGAGCCAUUACUGAAGAAAGAUGAGAAGCUAAAUGCCAGUUCCAACACAGCGGAAUCACGAAAGGAGAAGGCUCGGGUAAAGGAAAAAACAUGCCAAUGCUGUGUCGUCAUGUGAGAUCUCUAUUGUUCCUGAUUUAACAAGACCAGGAACAAACAAGUGGAGAAAACAAAUAAUGUACAUUAUAAUAUAGAAUAAACAGUGUGUAUAUGGGGCGGUUACGACACUCUGCAUCAAACUGUAUGUUAAAAGGCAAAGGGUGAAGCAUUUAUUUUUAGAUCCAACUAAUAUUAUUCUUGCUUUUAAAAAAUGCCGUACCCUGGAGACUGACUUGUGAAGCUGGUGAAAUGAGCAAUAAGCACUGGUAUGAAUUUUGCUUUAUAGAAAUAUAUAUUAUUAUAUUAUUUCCUUUUAUGGUUAGCUUUUUAUUUUAAUGCACACAAUGGGUAGUAGAUAACAAUUUAAAAUGUUAUUAAUUAUAGCGAUCAUGAAAUAUUCAUAAUAAAAUGUAAGAGUAUUUCCCUAA